AGUUCUUAGAGAUUUCUAUUUGAAGUUUGCAUGCUGGUGUUUGACUUCAGGUCUUGGAAAGGAGAUUGCAUGUCUACUUGUAUUUUAUCCUGUUGCUAUUUAGAGUAAGGUACAAAAUAACAAGGACCAUAAGAGAGGUGUUCUGCUUUCUCAGGAUGCAAGAGAGAAGGUGUGGGCAGGCAGUGCCUCUUUCUUUAAUGCUGAAGGAGACUUACUCUCCAGAGAGAGGAAGCAGUAAGGGAUAUCCCGAAAAUAUGUCAGAACCGUCAUCUUACCAUGACUUUUUCUGUGAUCCCGUGUCAGACGCACAGAAUGGUGAAUUUUCAAAUGGACUUUCUGCCUUCCUUACCCAGGAGGAAAUUAGUAAGAGCCUUGACAUAGCUCGUGAAGCCAUUGCCAAUUCCAUGGAGGAAGAUGAGAACACAGCACCAGACUUUACUCAUUAUCUCAACACCUCUCUUUCUAGCCCUUCAGAAGACCCUUCUUUCAGGGACACCAACGUACAUGAGCAAGAUGCUUUACAGACACCUCAAGCAAGCAGCUGGACUUCAUCUGCUUCGAGUCAUCUUCUCCCAAGGAAUCCGGAAGAGCAAUCCACUGCACCUGAGACAGAAGAUAGUUUUGUCACAGUUUCUAGGAGACAAGCAAGCACCUCACCUUUUCUACCUGCUAGUCCCAGCUUUGUCAGAAGCCUGAAAUUUUCAGAGAAAGGUGGUCCAUUUAUGCCUAAGACAAGCCCAAAUUCUGAAUUGACACCCCAGGGAGAAGCUCCUUCCAGGAACAAGCUGUGUGACAAAGCUGCCACAUUCAUAGAGGAGUUAUCAUCUAUAUUCAGACAGGCAGCGAAGACAAGAGGCCGUAGUCCUGAUGGGGACUCUUCUUCUCCAGACAGUGGAUACCUGUCUCCUAAUAAGAAACAACCAGCUUUAAGUACCUUAGUGAACCAGGAGUUUGACAAACCACAUCAAGAGACUGAACCUGAAGAAAAAUUACCUGGAAUUCAUCUAAAUGGAGAACACUAUUCUGGAAAGGGAAGCAUCAUGGAGAGCAAAAUGGUCCUGUGCCGUCCCUUCAUCAACAUGGAAGAGCAUGAACUUUCCCCACCUCUAUUCACUCAGAAGCUCCGGAGCCAGGAAGUUGCCGAAGGAAACAAAGUAUUGCUGGAGUGCAGAGUUGCUGGCAACCCAGUCCCUGAUGUCAGAUGGUUCUGUGAAGGAAAAGAACUCCAGAAUUCCCCUGACAUUCAGAUCCAUUCCGAAAGUGGAGGACUUCAUUCACUAAUUAUAGUAGAAGCCUUUGAAGACGACACUGGACGCUAUACUUGUCUGGCUUCAAAUUCUUUUGGCUCAGAUAGCACAUCAGCUGAGAUAUUCAUUGAAGGUGCCAGUUCUACAGAUUCAGAGACUGAAAGUUUAAUUUUCAAAUUAAAAUCUGGAGCUAUGCCACAGGCCCAAAAGAAAACCACUUCUGUUUCCUUGACAAUAGGAUCUUCUUCACCAAAAUCAGGAGUGACCACAGCUGUAAUUCAACCUAUCUCUGUGCCCAGUCAGCAGAUUCAAAGCCCAACUUCAUACCUGCACCAUCUGGAGGGACCCAAGCCUAUCUAUUCUGCACCUAUUUUUACAAAGGAGCUACAAAAUGCCACAGCAUCUGAAGGACAAGUGGUGGUAUUGGAAUGCAGGGUCAGAGGACCUCCUCCCAUUCAUGUUAAGUGGUUUCGACAGGGCAUUGAAAUUCAAGAUUCUCCAGACUUCAGAAUUCUCCAAAAAAAGCCACGAUCUGCAACUGAACCUGAAGAGAUAUGUACACUUGUAAUAGCAGAAACUUUUCCUGAAGAUUCAGGAAUUUUCACCUGCACAGCAACAAAUGAACAUGGUUCAGUAACAAGCAGUGCACAACUAACUGUCUGCUCAGCCAACUUGGAAUGCUCUAGUGAUGAUUUCCAUCAUUUCCCACCACUUCCUCCAGUUGAAAUUAGCUCUCUUGAACUUCCUCCUAAGAAAACUACAGAUACUCACCAAGCAAACAAUACUGAGUUGAGACCUGGUGUGAUAGACCUUCAACAACAGCUCAGUUCAUCUGAGGAAAAAUCAAAUGGCAUUCAUCCUCUUCAUGGAGUAAAUGGAAUGAUUAACAGCAAGCCAAACGUUGAUAUAUCCAUCCCACCUCCAGCUGUCUUGCUUUCACCCACAAAGGAGCCACCACCUGUGCUUGCCAAACCAAAGCUGGACCCCAAAAAAAUACAGCAGCUGCAGAACCAAAUUCGUCUGGAGCAAGAAAGCGGACAGUGGUAUCGUCACCAACAGCAACCUGAUCAUCAGCACCCUCCCUCUUCUCCUUCCUUUCCUCCUCCUCCCUCCUUCCAGGAGCUUGAGUCCAGCCAGUCUGCGACCUCUCCUGUGCCAAUGAGUAUUCUUAACUCUCAUACUUCCCCAACCAUGCAGUCUUCCAGCUCCUUCAACUAUGCUCGGCCUAAGCAGUUCAUUGCUGCCCAGAACAUCAGCCCCGCUUCAGGUUAUGUCACUCCUUCUUCUGGGUCAUCUACAUCUAGCCUUCCUUCUCCUAUGUCUCCAACUGCUUCUCAGAAACAGUUUGGGAGAGUGCCAGUUCCUCCCUUCUCUCAGCAGUUUGCUCCAGAAGGGGAAUAUGCCUGGUCUCCUUCUUCUCCAUCCCCUCCACCCCCACCUCCACCUGUCUUUAGUCCAACAGCGACAUAUCCAGUGUGUGAUUCCUUUCCACUUCCACCUCCUCCUCCCCCUCCUCUUCCUUCACUUUCUUCACCUUCCCACAGCCUGUCUCCAACUCCAAGAUUUCCUAAUUCCAGCCAAUCUCCAGCAGCUUUUCUCAGCUCCAUGCUGCCAUCCCAGCCACCACCCGUUUCUGUCAACGCCUUAGGCCUCCCAAAAGGAGUGACGCCUCCGGGAUUUCCUAAGAAAACAGGCAGAACUGCUAGGAUAGCAUCAGAUGAAGAGAUUCAAGGUUCAAAAGAUGCUGUAAUUCAGGAUCUGGAGAGAAAACUUCGCUUCAAAGAAGACCUUUUGAACAAUGGGCAACCGAGAUUAACAUAUGAAGAAAAAAUGGCUCGUCGCUUGCUGGGAGCAGACAGCGCUGCAACUGUCUUCAAUAUACAGGAACCAGAAGAAGAUCCUGCUAUACAGGAAUAUAAAGUCUCCAGCUUUGAGCAAAGGCUGAUCAGUGAAAUUGAAUACAGGCUGGAGAGAUCCCCUGUGGAAGAAUCAGAUGAUGAAGUGCAACAUGGAGAUGAACCUAUUGAUAACAGCAUGUCACCAUAUUUUGAGAUAAAGCUGAAGCACUACAAAAUCUUUGAAGGAAUGCCAGUCACAUUUACAUGCAAAGUGGCAGGAAAUCCAAAACCAAAGAUUUAUUGGUUUAAAGAUGGGAAGCAAAUUUCUAAACGAAGUGAUCACUACCGAAUUCAAAGAGAACCUGAUGGAACUUGCUCACUGCAUACUGCAGCCUCCACCCUGGAUGAUGAUGGGAAUUACACCAUUAUGGCUGCUAACCCACAGGGCAGAGUAAGUUGCACGGGCAGGCUGAUGGUUCAAGCUGUAAAUCAAAGAGGCCGCAGUCCUUGGUCACCUUCAGGUCAGCCUCACAUAAGAAGACCACGAUCUCGAUCAAGGGACAGUGGUGAUGAAAAUGAACCAAUUCAGGAACGAUUCUUCCGGCCUCAUUUUCUGCAGGCUCCUGGAGACCUGACUGUUCAAGAAGGAAAACUAUGCAGGAUGGACUGCAAGGUGAGUGGAUUACCAACUCCAGACUUAAGCUGGCAACUUAAUGGCAGACCAAUUCGCCCUGACAGCUCUCACAAAAUGUUGGUGCGUGAGAAUGGGGUGCACUCCUUGAUCAUAGAACCGGUCACAGCCAGAGAUGCUGGAAUCUACACGUGCAUUGCCAGCAACCGAGCUGGUGAAAAUUCAUUCAGCCUGGAGCUCACUGUUGCAGCUAAGGAAAUACAAAAAGCACCUGUGUUUAUAGAGAAGCUACAAAACACAGGUGUGACUGAGGGAUUCCCAGUGCGACUGGAGUGUCGAAUCUCAGGGGAGCCAUCUCCUCAGAUAUUUUGGAAGAAAGAGAACGAGUCACUCACAUACAACACUGACCGAGUGAGCAUGCACCAGGAUAACUACGGCUACAUUUGCCUGCUUAUUCAGGGAGCUACAAAGGAGGAUGCUGGCUGGUACACUGUUUCAGCUAAGAAUGAGGCUGGGAUUGUAUCUUGCACUGCCAGGUUGGAUGUUUAUACUCAGUGGCAACAACCCCCUCAGCAGACCAAGCCAAAGAAGGUGCGGCCCUCAGCCAGCCGGUACGCUGCUCUCUGUGACCAAGGACUAGACAUCAAAGCAGCUUUCCAGCCAGAGGCAAACCCAGUCCACCUGACAAUGCAGCCUGGCCUGGUAGAGAGCGAUGACCUGUAGAUUCAACUGCCGCUUCCAUCAUCUUCUUUCAAAGCAGAAACACUGAAAGCCAUUGCCUUGACCAAUGAUACUCCUAUGUCACUUUAUGCAAGGGCAGACACCUUCAUGUACAAAAGAUAAACAACAAACACAGUAACCAUAUAUUCCUUAUUCAUUAUACCAAAUUAGAAGAAUAGAUAGAUUAUUGAUAGAAAUGUACACAUUGCACAACAAAUCACACUCACCAGUUCCUUAACCUAUGUUGCUUCAUAACCCUUUUCAUAGAGGCCAAAAUGCAUCAGAGAGAAAGAUUUUUCACUACAUACCUUUGCAAGCAGUAAGUAGAUGCUACACAGUCUUAAUGGUGCAAGAUAUUUUCUUCAAGGAUUAUCAACAAUUCUAAAAUGGCUACACAUUCUGACAGCUACGAUGAACAAGUGCAAUACUAUAAGAAUAAAACAGAAAGGGACAAGGAAAAGAAAUGUAAGCAAAUGCUGUCUCUGCAAACUGCUUUUUGCUCAACAAUGAAAAAAAUCUUUCUUUCAAUGCUGUUAGGAUGGACGUUGACACCCUAAUUUUCAAUUCGUGUUUUUCCUUUUUGCUGUCUCAGAGGAGGCUUAUUUACAAACAUAUAGCAAUGGCAGUCUAAGCAGAAGCAAUUAUACUUCUGCAGGACAACAACAAGUUGACACAUAGUAACAAUCUACUCCAGAUUACACAUUGGUAACUAGAUGGGAAAAAAUUUUGAUGGUAUAAACCACUGCAGUGAGUUACUGCAAGGGGUGGGAGGGGGACUGGGCAAGAGAUUGAAACUCUCUGGAUUGCUGGACAGCAGUGUGUAACCUUGUAAUACUCUCAUUCAAGAUUCUGAAAUUCUAAGGUGAGCUGAAAACUAGGGAGUGUAUGUAUGGGAUGUUUGACUGUUUAAAGCUUGUGUAAUACGUAUGAGGAUUUUAGAAAUGUAUAGUAAGUGAAAAAUAGGUUGAAACUGCACUACGAAUUUAAGUGACAAGUAUACACCACAGGGGCGAUAGGUUUGCAAAUCUGAGGAAACAGAAAAUGAAGAUAGGCAAAAAAAAUCCAAUUUGCUUUUUGCUUUUUCUUCUUAACAUAACAUGUCUCUGGUAGAUUUUAUUUUUUCCUUCUCCUGACUGCAGGCAAAUGUCAACUCUUUUAAGGGGUAGAGUCUGUGCACCAUAGGUGAAAAGCCUGAAGGCUACUUACAGAAUGCAAGGCAAAUCCACUUGUAAGUGGAGUCCCACUUAAAGUCACACCUGACUAGGUAGUUUUAAAUUAGAACCAAAUGAAUUUCAGUUGAAGGGGAGGGAGGGAGAAUGGAUGGGAGAAUUACUAGGCCUGACAAGGAAAAUGAGUGUUUGAUGGUACGAGCUACGAUACUUUGCUAGGAAAGGAAAACACUGUAUUCCUUAUAUGAAGCACAUACAUGGUAUCUUUCAUUAUUUAUAAUAAAAGUGUUGAAAUCUUUUAUCUCAGUUCAUUUAUUCAGAAGUCCUGUACUUAGGGGGGUUUGUUUGUUUGUUUUUAUUUUAUUUUGUAAUUGUGUACACCAUAUAUUGCAUUACUGCUAUACGUGUAUUGCUUUGUAAGUACACAAAGUUUGUUUUGUUUUUUAGUGACUAAUAAACUUUAGCACACAAGGUAGUACUAUUCUGGUGCAGGAUAUGACUAGAAUGGGGAUGGUUAAUCUCGAUUAACAUCAUAGUCUGUCAGGUGGGAAUAAUCUGAUUUUAUUCUAGAAGUGUGUCAUAUCUUUUGCCAAAUUUUCCUCAGCUGUGACAUGCUAAUUUACUUUUUUGUUUAGCUUCACUAGCAUUAUUUUGCCACCUUUUAUUUGUAUUUAUAAAAAUGUAUUAUCAUUACUUUGGACUGUUGUGCUGAUAUAAUGUGGGUUUAACAUCAAUAAAUAUUACACAAAUAGAGA